GCAAAGGUAGAAUAUUUGUUAAUUCAAUUUAUUUUAUCUUCGAGAAACACGAUUAAAAAAUUAUGUUAAAGCAAAUUGAAAAAUUUCUACACUGCAUAUUUUAACCACUGUUAUUUUAAAUCAAAUCAAAAUAAUCGCAUCGAAUGAGUGUCCUCUAUGUUGAUCACAGAAAAAUAAAAUAAAAAUCUGCACAUGUUUAGUCUUUGGAACGUAACCCAUACUUUUUCAUUAGCUGGUCGUGUUAUUUAUUUAAUUUAAUUUCUAUGCAAUAUUGCAAAAGGACUCAGGGCGUCGCUGUUCACCCGCAGAUUUGAAAUUCAGUUCUCCACCCACAGUAAAGGGACAGUUGAAGAAUAGAAACGUACCCGACGUUAUUGUGGGAAGGACGUAUCAUAAUUUUGACUAUUUCGUCUUGGUUGCAUCGGUGACUGGACUAAAGGACCGUGUCUACACCAGAACUGUGGAGGAAAAUGGGCCACAAAGAGAAUUCGUUGCAGAUCUUUGUUUACUGUUUGGCUGUUAUUCUUUAUACGUCGGCUGCAGACCUCAGCUUUUCGAUUCCGGAGGAGACGAGGCCAGGAUCCAUUGUUGGAAAUAUCGCCCAGGUCCUCGGGUUGGAUGCAGCAAAGCUAUCCUCUCGUAAAGCCCGCAUUGAUACAGAGGAAAUAUACCAGCACUACUGUGCUAUAGAUCUUAAAACCGGGGACUUGGUCGUCAGAGAACGGAUCGACAGAGAGGAGCUUUGUGCGGAGAAAAUUUCCUGUAUGCUUAAAUUUGAGUUGGUCCUCGAGAGCCCAUUGGAGCUUCACCGCAUUUCGCUUUUAGUCCAGGACAUCAAUGACAAUUCACCAAUCUUCCCGAAAGAUGUGAUUAAGUUGGAAAUCAGCGAGUCCGCCUUCAAAGGGGCUCGAUAUCGUGUAAGUGAGGCACACGACGCAGACAUCGGCCAAAAUACAGUCAAACAAUAUAGUGUCGAACAAAAUGAACAUUUUGUCUUGUCGGUACAAGACGACACAGAUGGGAAUAAGAUCAUAGACUUGGUCUUAGACAAAGAACUGGACCGUGAAAAGGAGCAAAGUUUAGAAUUCACGUUAUUUGCAGUCGAUGGUGGUAAUCCACAGAAAUCUGGAACUGCUAAUAUACACGUAACUGUGCUGGAUGCUAAUGACAACGCACCGGUGUUUGACCAGGCCACCUACAAGGCCAGUAUACCUGAAAACGCUGCCGUUGAUACAGUUGUUAUUACAGUGAGUGCCAGUGACGCAGAUGAGGGAAUCAAUGGAGAAGUCACAUAUGAAUUUAGCCGUAUUUCAGAGAGAGCCAAGAAGAUUUUCUCACUGGAUACUAAAACUGGAGAAAUUAAAGUGAUAGGAUCUCUUGAUUAUGAGAGUAAUUCAAAAUAUGAAAUGCGCAUCAACGCUAAGGAUGGUUAUGGACUUUCCUCUGACUCCAAACUGGUGAUUGAUAUCACUGAUGUUAAUGAUAAUGCUCCAGUUAUUUACAUAAAAUCUAUGAUUAGCCCCAUACUAGAGAAUUUAGUACCUGGUACAGAGGUGGGCAUCAUUAACGUUCAAGACCGAGAUUCUGACGCAAAUGGGCAGAUCCGCUGCUCAGUUAAUCAAAAUGUUCCAUUUAAACUAGUUCCUUCCAUUAAAAACUAUUAUUCUCUGGUGACCACAGGACAACUGGACCGUGAACUAGUGUCUGAUUACAACAUUACAAUCAGUGCUACUGACGAGGGCUCUCCUCCUCUGUCCUCCUCUAAAACUGUUCACUUAUCUGUAGCUGACAUCAACGACAACCCACCUGUGUUUGAGGAACAGUCCUACAGCGCAUAUGUGACUGAAAAUAACAAACCUGGCUCCACUUUAUGUUCAGUUACUGCUCGAGACCCUGACUGGAGACAGAACGGUACAGUGAUUUAUUCUCUGUUACCUGGUGAAGUGAACGGUGCCUCAGUCUCCUCCUACCUGUCAGUUAACGGAGACACAGGUGUGAUCCACGCUGUGAGGUCAUUUGACUAUGAACAGUUUAAGAACUUUAAAGUCAACGUCAUGGCCAGAGACAACGGUUCUCCUCCACUGAGCAGCAACGUGACUGUCAGUGUAUUUAUAUCAGAUGUGAAUGACAACUCUCCUCAGAUAUUGUAUCCCUCCUCAGAUAGAAACUCCUUCAUGACAGAGUUAGUUCCUAAAGCUGCACACGGAGGUUCUCUGGUGUCCAAAGUGAUAGCAGUGGACGCAGACUCUGGACAGAACGCCUGGCUGUCCUAUCAAAUAGUUUCAUCUACUGAUCCAGGACUUUUCACUAUUGGUGUCCACAGUGGAGAGAUCAGGACACAGAGGGACAUUUCUGAAUCUGACAGCAUGAAACAGAACCUUGUUGUUGCAGUGAAAGAUAACGGACAGCCCCCUCUCUCUGCCACCUGCUCCAUGUAUUUGAUUAUUUCUGAUAACUUGGCUGAAGUGACAGAACUGAAGGAACUUUCUCACGAUGAUAAUUCAAAGUUGACAUCUUACCUGAUCAUUGCACUGGUCUCUGUGUCCACCUUCUUCUUGACCUUCAUCAUCAUCGUCCUGGGUGUGAGGUUCUGUCGCAGAAACAAACCCAGACUGUUGUUUGAUGGAGCAGUCGCCAUCCCCAGCGCUUAUCUUCCUCCUAAUUACUCAGAUGUUGACGGCACAGGAACUUUACGCAGCACCUACAAUUAUGACGCCUACCUGACAACAGGUUCUAGAACCAGUGACUUUAAGUUUGUGACGUCAUACAAUGACAACACACUGCCUGCUGACCAGACUCUGAGGAAAAGUCCCAGUGAUUUUGUUGAUCCGUUUGAGGAACUGGAAGACUCUGGAGAGGUAGGAUCAGUUCAAACACUCCCCACAUCUCUGCCCUAAGCUUGUAUUGAGGUCAUUCAUUUAAAACUGCCCUUUACAUUUAGAUGAAUACGUCAUAUCAACUGGAACAGGACACAGCUCACAUAUCUUUGACAAAUAUGCAGAGGUUCUACAUGCCUCAGAAGCCUUUUUAACGGACUGCUGUUAUUGAGAUUUAACAGUGAACAGUUGUGGUCAGUUGUAGUCUGUUUGUUUUCAAUUUUGCAUUUGUCCAAAUAGGAACCUGAUGUUUAGUGUAAAUGAAUUCACCUCCACUGUUGUUAGAUAAACGUGUCGUUUUAUGGAACAAUUGACGUUGGUUUCGCACGGUUGUCUUAUCUGCAAGGUAUCUGUCCAUGGUGCUGAUCUACUCGACACUCAUACAUUGAGCAUUUCGGCUGUGAUUAAUUUAUCAACCAUGCUGCUUAACGGAGGAAUAUAAUAUUUUGCUAGAAUUUGUAAAUCUAAUUCAUAGAUUUUUAUUCGACACAUUUGUCAAAAAUCAAUUUACUUUGUAAUGAAAAUAACAUUUGACUUCUUUGUGAUUGUUAUUCAAAAGGAAUAAUAUUUUUUUAUACUCUGUAUCGUGAUCCUUUAAAAAUCAUAAUCCAUC